AUGAGCUCUUCUCAAUCUACCGAUUACACUCCACAAUAUUACUACGAUCAGCAGCAGUAUUAUACCACUUACCAUAAUGGUUAUUACCCCUUCAUCUACAACAGUAACGAGAUCCCAAGAUAUUUCGCCCCAGUAAACCAGCAAAUGAUGACUUCCAAAGAAAUAAGAUUUUCCUCAUCAGCUGAAAGUGGAAGCACUGGCUCAUCAUCCAAAUAUAAUAAUAAUUCCAAGACUUUCCCAUCUUCGGUGCUUAAGCCUAACAGUUCUAAUAGAAACGAUCAAUGUGUAUGGAAGUGUCAUAAAUGUUCUAUUAAUGGGUACCUUGAGAUCAUCUUUGAGCAUCCAUCAUGUCCAAAUUGUAACCAUUUGUACUGCCAACAAUGUAUCUAUAUGAAGAACCAUCACCAUCACUGA